AUGUUUAGUGUCGUGUAUGCAAAGGGACUAUCCUCACCCAUUGGGGCUAGCUGUCUAUACACCCUUAAUAAUCUCACUGUAUUCCCAUUUUGCCCUGGAACUGAUCUUAGUUACGCAUGUCGAUGCUCAAAUCAAGAUUUCCUUGGAAGUGUCCUUAUUUGUGUUGACGACCAUUCAUCAGAAGUCCAUGAAGUUACCAAGGCUUACAAGUUCAUUCAGGACUUGUGUCAAGUACAAGCUAGAAUAGACCUCUCCUUCAAAGCACUCACCUAUGUUUUUGAGAAUGCUACCAACAACUACAUUGAGGAGAAUGAUUACAUCACGGGUAAGAUAUCGUCUCCAAUCAGAAUAUCUACAACCACGUAUGAUAUAGCCCAUAGAUCAGUGGUCACCAUUAUCCGUCAUAGGAUGCUAAGUACUCAAUACGGGGCUAUUCUUCUUGGAUAUUGGGGGGUUUGCCUUCUUUUGAGUUGUAUAUACAAUAUUAUGUUGUGGUGCCUGCCCCGAAUAUUGGCAUGGAUGAACUUUACAUGGAUUAGAUGGAUCCGCAGACACAUAAUCACCCCACAUACCAAACAGGUAGACUUUGAAAAAGUAACAGAACAGACUACCAUGCAAAAAAUUCCUCUACUGGUUCGUUUGUUUCAAAUUGGUCCCACCAGAAUUCAAACCAUAGUUCUUUGUGGGUAUUUCGGAUUGAUGAUUAUUCUAGCAGCAGUGGACUAUAGAUUCACAAUGCCUAACCCGAUCCUAAACUUGUUAUGUCUUCAGCGGAAAGUUUUCAUCGCCAUACGUUGCGGUGUGAUGGCCAUUACACAACUCCCAUUGAUUUUCUUGUUCAGCUCAAGGAACAAUCCUUUUAUUAAAUUUACUGGGAUGCCCUAUCGGACAUUCAAUACAUUCCACAAAUGGAUCUCGAGACUUGUAUUUGUCUUGCUUGUUCUUCAUUCGUUUCUAUAUCUCGACUUCAUUAUAAGAAAUGGAGACUACUUUGACCGCUGGGAGUUGAUCAAGUUUAAGUUUGCCAACGCGGCAUUGAUAUCACUUUUCGGACUUGUUUGUGGAUCGGUGUACACCUUACGGGUAAAUUGGUAUGAGGUGUUCAAAGGAUUACACCAGAUACUAGCAGCCAUAUUUCUAGCCGGGAUAUACUACCACUGUUAUACAUUGGGAUGGAUGGAGUACGUUUAUUGUUGUUUAGGAUUAUUGGGGUACGAUUAUUUCAUGAGAGUUUCCAAGAUACUAUUAAGUGGAGGGGUUGUUUAUGGAGAUUGUGUUGUUGUUACCGAGAAGGGUGACAAGGAGGCCACCGACAAGACAGUCGAAGAGGAACCUAGAGACCAUCCACACUCUAUCAAGAUCACCAUCAAGCAUUCAGGGUGGUGGAGACCAUUUCUGGGAUGUUUUAUCUACAUAUACUUUCUCAAGAGAAACAUGUUUUGGGAGUCCCAUCCUUUCACGGUGAUUGAGACAUCACUGACAUCAAACUACAAUCGGUUGGUUGUGAUAAUCCGCGUGAAGAAUGGUGUGACCAAGAGACUUUCCAACUGGAUCAUGGAGCAGCAAGACCGACGUGCUAAGAUCCCCAUGUUGGUGGAGGGCCCCUAUGGGUCAACCAUCGCUUUCAACGGGUACGAUAAUGCAUUAUUUAUUGCAGGUGGGAUUGGGUUCACCAUAGUGUACACACAUACUAUGGAUCUUUCAAGGAUGAUUAUGGCCAGAGAAUCUAGUGACACUGUGGUCCCCACCUCCAAUACCCACCCAAUCCACUUGGUUUGGAUAAUCCCCAGUCCAUCCUUCAUAGUUACCAAUAUCCAAGAGAUCGAAAGUGUUUUAAAAAUGAAGAAUGUGAACUUGAAGAUUUACAUUACAAGGGGAGAUGCAGGUAAUUCGGGACUAGACGAAUUUCUGUUAUCUGAUGAUGUCUUGACCUACAGUCGGCCAGCUGUCAGAAGUCUAAUUGAAGAGUACAUGGAAAGAGAUUCCAGAGGACCCACUGCAAUUGUCUCUUGCGGGCCAGAUAGACUCAACUACGAGGCAAGAAUAUGCACCAGUAAUCUAUUGAAGAGAAACAUUCAGCGAAUUGAUUAUUUCGAGGAAAAACUUUUGUGGUGA